GCGGCCAUUACAAAAAUUUGGAUGGCUAAAAUUUUAGUCAUUAAAUUUGGUGAUAAUACAACGUUUAGUAGGAAUUCAAGCAGAAUCUGAUGGAGGUCUCAGUAGAAAUAUAAAGCCAUGGAGAACUUUGUAUUAUAUGAGGAGAUUGGUAGCAGUGAAACAUCUCAUGUCUAUAAAGGACGUAGAAAAGGAACUAUUACAUUCCUGGCUAUCCACUGUGUUGAUAAAUGUAAACGAGCAGAAAUAACAAAUACUGUGAGGCUUACGUAUGAAGUUGAGCACACUAACAUAGUGAAGUUCCAUGAGUGGUAUGAGACCAGUAACCACCUUUGGCUUGUUGUGGAGCUAUGUACAGGUGGGAGUCUGGCCACUAUAAUCUCACAGGACCACAACCUCCCUGAGAGCUCAAUUCGCAAGUUUGGCGUUGAUCUUGUGUUAGGACUUCAAUACAUCCAUUCUAACGAGAUAGUCUUCUCUGAUCUCAAGCCAUCAAAGGUACUGCUAGAUAGCACAGGGCACCUGAAGUAUGGUGACUUUGGCCUAGCACGUUUAGCUGGAGAGGAUCUAGGUGCUGUGUUUGAACAAUAUGCAGAAGCAUCAGAAACAUGGAGUACAGAGAAUUCUGAUAAAGGCAGGACCACUCCUAUGAAAGGAACCCAAGGUUCCCCCAACUAUAUGGCCCCCGAGUGCCUACUAGGGGAACCCCCAUCACAAGCCAGUGACAUGUGGAGUCUUGGAUGUGUGCUUUAUGAGAUGUAUGCAGGUCAUCCACCAUUUGUCUGUGAAGACUUCAGGGAACAUGUGACAUUGGUCACUACUACAGAUUUUCCACCCCCUAAGGUUAAAGGAAGCCGUCUUUCUAGUAAACCCUCUCCAGACUUCCUGGACUUGCUUGGUAAAUUACUGAAGAGAAAACCAGUUGAGAGGUUAAACUGGUCUGGGCUUAUAAAGCAUCCAUUCUGGAAUGGGGUGUUGGCUGAGCUAAGUGAAGGCCUCACCUCUAGGCCUGGCACCAGUCUCUCCCCAGGUACAGGAGUAUCAGAAUCAAAUAGGGAUAGCGUCUCACAGUUCAAGGCUGCAUCUGUCAUGGGUAAAAUUAAAGGUUUAGAUGUAGAUAUAGACACAGGAGGGUCCAGUAUGACUGCUGUAUCUCCAUUACCAGAUAUGAUGGAGAGCAUGAGGCCAAAGUCAGUAGCUGAGGGAAAUACAGAAGAACCUGUAUUUGCAUUAAGUUCUCAUGUUUGUCCUGGAGAUGAAAAUGAUGAAAGAAUAACAUCUCCUCAGAAACCAAACCAACAACAUAACAUGAAGACAAUGUUGCUGAAUACUCAAGCUGAUAAUCAAGAGGAUGAUCUCACAGAAACACCAGCUCUUAUUGAAGAUAUUAUAUUCCACGAUAGUGAUCUCCUAGUCACCCCAAUUGUAGAUAAUCCCAAAAUUCAAAAACCUGGAAAUCUCAAAUAUGAUAACAAAACCUUGCCAGUCCCUCCUUAUUCCGUGGAGAAAAUUCUCUCCACAUCUCGUAAAGACAAACAGAAACAUUUAGAUUUGAUACUUGACACUUUGGCAACACCUGAGAAAGGACCACCAUCACAAAAACGGAUGCAUUUCUUGAAUUAUGUCACAGCGAUCUGCUACAAUGAUGAGUUGGCGAGUUAUUUGAUGAAUAAGGGAAUUAUUGGAUCACUUGUUAAACACAUAAAGGAUAACUCCACUUUAGAGUUGCGUGUAAGGCUGGCUAGAACAAUAGCUGUGAUGUCCAACAACACAUCCAUUCUGCUGGAUUCAACCAAGUUAGCCGAGGCUGUCUCUAUGCUGUCUGAUGUCAUAAGAGACAAUUUCCGCAACUCCAAAGUAAAACAAGCUCUACUUCCAGCUCUAGGUGAACUUGUAUUCCUAAUUGCAAAGCAGGAAGAGGCUAAAGGUGAAUCUGUAGACAACUGGCUGAUUCCAUCUAUGACAUUUACAUUGAUCACCAGGUGUUUGAGAGAAGGGGAAGAUGCUAUAGUAAACCAUUAUGCUGCUAAGAUUGUAGAGAACCUUCUCUCUACUACAGGCCAAUAUGCAAACAAACUUGUUGCAAAUGAUGUAGGCCAGUUCCUCUGGUACAUCUUCACACACUCUACGGUUGAUGCCCUUAGAAUCACAGCCAUUACUGCACUAUGCAGGAUAAGCCGAUGUUCAGUGAAUAUAUUCCAAAGUAUCAUAGAUAAAGUUGGCCUUCCCAAGAUAUUAGACACAUUGUCCAUUGGAGUGAGCAAGAUACAACAAGCUCUCGUUACAAUGUUUGGAUUGUUACUUUCAACAGGCUCUCAUGUCAGCAGGCUCUGGCAGGACAAGAGUUUCAUACAAAAGGUCAUGCGUCUCUUGGAGAGUCAGUCUGCUGUAGUGAGAGGCAAGGCAUAUGUUGUCACUACAAAGAUCAUAUCAAGCAAUCCAGAGAUGUUUCUAACCUGCUGCCAAAUGAGACUGGUCAUGUAUGUGGAGAGAGACAGUCGCAGAAGUAAUCCGUCCAAGUCACAAUCUACCGCUAAUGUAGACUACUUAGUGCAAUGUCUUUCCUUCCUUAUUGACAGUAUAGUCAGAACUGUGCCAAGGGUUUGUGGUGAUGUUGUUAGUGCACUAGAUGCUGUACAUGGUAGAAAGCAUCCAUCCUCUGCUCAAGCCAAAGACCUGAAGACCUCUGUCCCAAUGGUGCCUGUCAUUCUACAUCUCAUUACCAGCCAAGUAUUUCGGCCCAGAAUUGUUGGAGGGAUGUUCUUACAUAACAUGGGAAGUAUCUUGAAGCAUGUCAAAGAACUUGAUGCUGGAGAAACUAAUAUUGACAGUGCAGUUGGUGCUUCAGGCAGCCAGGAGUUCAUCCACACAGUGUUUUCUAUCAUAGAAGCAAUAGUACAACAUCAGACUAUUCUUACUGAACACCAUGUGAUCAUUGUAGACAGCCUCUUAGCACCGCUGUCUCAGCUUAUCACAAGCUCCAAUGGUGACACACGUGUGUUUUGUUUGCGUCUGUUCACAGAGAUUGCCACGACAUACUUAGGUGAACAGCAGCUGAACAUCACUCUAGAUGAGGAAAGUUCUGUAAAACUACAAGGCAUUAUAGUGGAUGCUUUACUUCCACAAUAUGAACAGAUCCUAUUAGACCAAGACCCUCUGCCAGCAUAUGGCCUUAAACUUCUGCUAGCAUUGUUGGAGCAGAAUCAGACCUUUGUCAAGAAAUUUGAAGAGCUUGGAUUGGUGGCUGUGUUAUUCCAAGUGUUACUAGACCACCAGACCACACCUGUUAGUGUGACCAUGCAGUCCAUAGUAGGCAUAGUAAACCACCUGGUGGCCCACAGAGACACUAACAUGAAGGAUUUAUACGAUCAAGGUUUGGUCGAUCACAUCACAAAUCUGUUCAUAGAGGUCACCUCAAUCUGCAUGGACCCUGAAGAACCAACUGGGGAUUUGAAAACUGCUGUUGCCAUGCUACAGUUGCUAUUGGAUACCAUGCAUUGUAUUCUCAAGUUUGUCUCUGAUUACGUCAGAAAAGCUCUACAGGCCAAGAAAGGAGGAAGUACAGGGUAUGAAGCUGAGAGGGCUGAGCAGUUACUUCUCACAAACAAACCACUUACUGAUGUACUCAGUCUCCUCACUCAACUGCUCUGCCACGAUGACACAGAUAUACAAGAACUGUCGCUGAAAUGCUUGUCUAUCAUGACACAAUUGUUUGGAGGAGAGAACCCAGAUGCAAUGUCAAAUGAAAAUAUGGAGUGUUACAGCAAUGCCUUGAGGGUGGCUGAUUCGAAAAAACAGAAACUCAUUCUCAGAAUCAUCAAACGUCUAAUCAGUGUAGAGCAUCAGCAUGCUGAUUCUAUAAGGGAAGAUGGUGGUCACCUAGUAGAUACAUUGAGAGACCUCUGUCAGACUGCAAGUUCCCAUGCUGAUGUGGCAUUAUCGUCUCUUGCUUCUGAGCUCCUCAAGUUAACAGGACACCUAACCUGACAAGUGACAUCUAUCAAGAGGCUUUGAUUUUAGUACACACUUGACCUGUGUAUCAUACAUAUCUCAAUGAUGCAAAUACCAAAAUGAAAUAAUGAACAUACAGAUGAUCCCAUUUAACUUUACAUGACAAAUACAAAACAUUAAGUACCAAUACAAUUGAACUGAUGGGAUACUUGUGGGUUGGCCCCUAAAAUAUACCAUUAUAGAAACAAUGAUCAACCAUAUUGAAACAAUUAAAAAGAACACUUACCUUUGCUUUGAAGAGGACAUGAUUUCCUCACUGAUGCCCAAGGUACAACAUGAACAUUUAUACUUUCAGUUCAAAUAAAAAAAAUCCAAAUCAAUUGUCUGUUCAUGAACUGCAUUAUCUGUACAUUCUUUUAAAUGUAAAUAUGAAGUAUUUAUUUGUAUAUAGUAUAUAUUGAAUUUGUCACAGACAAAGACGCUGGA